UAGCGUGCUGCUAGCUGUUAGUUGUGAAAUCAAUCUCUUCUCAGCCACGUCUUUAAACAUGCAGGAGAAGCUUGUUUCUAAAGGUGAAAAGACUCUAUGGACAAGAGCUAGGCCACGGUUAUUGGUGCCGCCCUUAAUGCUGGGAACAGUAAUAUGUAUUUUCAACAUGUCAAGCAUCAAGGUAUUAUUGCCUUUGAACUUUUGGAAGACAACUUCAGUGUCGAGCCAAUCUUACAACAAUAUGACUACUGAAAUUGGCAGUUACUUUGUGGCAUACCCGCACAACUACACUUUCAGAUUGGAUGAACCAAUCAGAUGUCAGCAGGAAAGCCCAUUCUUGGUUCUUAUGAUCCCAGUCGCAAUUCACAACAGGGAGGCCCGUGACAUAAUUCGUAACACUUGGGCCAAAGAAACUACAGUGCUGGGCAAAGUUGUCAGUCACUUCUUCCUGCUGGGAGUGUCCAGUGAGGGAGAUAAGCUCCUGGAUGAGCAAGUGUUACAGGAAAGCCGGAGACAUAAAGACAUUCUCCAGAGUAGCUUUGUGGACAGCUACAAUAACCUCACCAUUAAAACCAUGGUCAUGUUUGAAUGGCUCAGCUCUCAUUGCCCCAACACCUCCUACGCCAUGAAGGUCGACUCGGACAUGUUCCUUAAUGUCCAGAAGCUUGUUGACAUGCUUUUGAAAGCCCCCCAACAUCUCUACUUGACAGGACUGGUGGCAAGGUAUGCUGCUGUUCUUCGAGACCAGACCUCAAAGUGGUUUCUGCCUGUUUCUGCCUUCCCCGAGCCAACCUACCCACCGUACGCCCUGGGACUGGGCUAUGUGUUCUCACUGGAUUUGCCCCAAAAGAUACUGGAGGCAUCUUUGCAUGUUAAAGCUAUUUACAUUGAAGAUGUCUAUGUGGGACUGUGUUUGAGACAUAUUGGAAUCGCACCAACAGAUCCUCCUCACAGUGGCUUGUUUAUGGCAAUGAUGCCUUUGUCGACAAGCAGCUGUUACUGGACCUCUGUCAUUACAACAAUUCUGGGGAGCUCUCAGCAGCUUCUGGACGUAUGGCGAAUGUAUGAAACUCAAACACAAAGUGACUGUUAAUCAAUUCUGCCCGUGCCUUCUUUUAAACCGUUUAAAAGCUGCACCUUGUAAAUGCAUAACCCCUUUGCACAAUACAGCAGUUACAUCAUAACCCUAAAUUCAUCUUAAGUUACUGUCGUCAUGAUAUUUUUUCUCUGUGACGUAUGGAAUCAACUUUUGAUACUAAGAUAGAGGUUGUGAGACAGAUAUGCAUUUUGACGGUAAGGAAAAUGUGUCAUAUUUUAGUUGAUUGCAAAGAUUGCACAAAUGGUUGUAAAUAUAUUGAUGUAAUUAAAAUAUUUUAGGAUGAUAUUUACAGUUGCUCUUGAGCUUACAUGCCCAGGACACAAAGUGUGACUCUCACUAAAAGAAGUUACUGUAUAUUAACCUGCACAAACACAAAGAAGUAGCAGGCUGAAUAGUUACCACACUGUAGAACAAUGGAGCUGUCUGCAUUCAAAGCCCCUACCAGUAUAACAUUUUAAUUCCGUCUUCAAAGUAACUUUAAUGGCAUGAAGACAGUGGAAAUUUGUUUUUACAGGGGUACAAAGAAUAGUCAUACACAAAGUGUGACUGUCCUUCACCACAGAAACCUAACUUAGAAAAGAAAGAUGUUUAUCUUACAAGCACACCUGCAUACAACCACAAACUUUGCAGCUCUCACGGUAUACUGCAAAGCAGUAUCUGUAGUUACUGCAGACCUGCAACAACCUACAUAUCCACAACAGGAAUUAAAUAUACUGCCAGGAGUAACAGAUUCACAGUAGUCUGCAGCUAUAUGUAUUUCUUUUAUUAGAGUUGUAACCAAACUAUUCACCAGCAAAAUGAUUUCUCCAUACAUUCAGUGGUGCCCUCAGCAGUAAACACAAAAAACAUGCAAACCUCACUGAGCUUGAUGUAGCAAGCAAAUAAUUUCUACAUAUGAUGUUCAACUAACUGCUUCAGUUGGUUAUCACAGUUUCAUCUUAAGCUAUUCAUGUGAAUAGGAAGUGAAGAGAGACUGCGUCACAGAAGCCUUUGACAGCACAUGUACACAUUAAGAUAAGUUUUGGAACUGAAGAAUAUUAGACAAACGUCACAUACUGUAGCUUUAACAAGCAGCAUUAAAUAAUUUACUUUUAGUAUGAGUUACUAUUUAAGGAAGCUACAAUCCUCGGUGAAGCUGAUGAGGGCAAAAUUCAAGCAUAAGUACUUCCCCUCUUGUGCUUCUCUGCUCUUUGAAUGAUCCUUUUACCAAUACAUAUAUUUUUUCUUGUUGGAGAUUAUGUAUUCUAUCCGUUCAUAUGAAGUACAGUGAGUUGAAUUGUAUUGUGAAACGAUAGCAUGUUUAAUCAUAUUGAAAUCAUUGCUUCAGUAGAUUUCUACCUGUUAUCUCUUCCUCACUCCUUUUUGAUCUCUCAACUGAUACACAUGACAUAAAAUGAUUUGCAUUUUUUCUUUUCUUUUUCACACCCAAACAUACACAUCUUUAAAAACCACUUCCUGUCUGCCUCUGCCUUUAUACGGAAGUGAAAGUAGCCCCGUCUAACACUUCUGGUGGGGGUUUCACCUCACAUACAGAGCAAUGUCACCCAUGAGCUUGGUAAUAUGCAAACAAAAGCAACAGCGCUCUCAUGUGGUAAGAGAGCAGAAAAAGGGAAAGGAGAGUAGUGUGGUAGGAAAUGAGAGAAAUAAAAUAAAGUGCUAAUUAAGUUUUGAUAACUUUUCAUACAGCAAUUCCAUUUAUAAUUCCUAUGUGACUCUACAUUACAUCCCAACUUAAA